UUCAAACGACGAAAUAGAAGAACUAUCAAGUUACGUAGGUCCUAUCGUGGAUCGAUGGUUAAUAUAAUAGCCUGACUGAGUUUAAGAUUUUUGUUAAUGUUUGUAUAAAUAAAACGCAUUUAAACGCGAGAAUUUAAACAGAACACAUAUUAAAGCUUUGAAUGGUCUGCAUAAAUAAAUAAAAUAUAGAAUUAUCAAGUGAAUGUUAAAUGUGUUUUUGUUCGGCAAACCCGGAUGUCUUAAUACAGAGCAAACAAAGAGUUUUCUAAUACAUGUAAUUCAUUGCAAUAUAAAACAGAACUUCCGUGUUUCAAGUAGAUGAAUAGUAGAAAAAUACAGAGGAGAACCAGUAAUAUACGAGUAUACCUAUAGAUCUGGUGACAACCUCUCCCCCACCCCGUGCAGCUAGAAAUGACAUCCGCGCAGCAGUUUGCAGCCUACGGGUUUGUCUCCCUUGUGUGUCUGGCAGCGGUCAUCAUGUACAUCUUCACGUGGUCACGGAGACAGAAACCUAGGAGUAAGUGUGAGGGUUUUCUCCCCACGAAGGAGUCCACCAUCCUCGUGCCCCCGUCGUCCCUGACACUAAUGUACUCGGCAGCGCUGGGAGGCGGCCAAGGGCGGGAACUGGAUGAGGCGGUCACGCGCUACCUUGGGCGCAACGCCAGACAGGAGGAGAAGGACCGAAACAUUACCCGUAACAACCAACCAACCGUGAAGAAACGGACACCGGAAAUACACGACAUUUAGUUAAUAUUAGUUUUUUCAGCUUGAUUUUGACACAGGUGAUGAUAACGGCAUCGAGUCAUUCUCAAGUCCGUAUUUCUGUGUAGAAAGUAUGUACGGUGUCUUUCAUUAACGACCACCAGAAUGUGUACAUGAUGGACUCGAAUUCACGGUUUUAUAAGAGGCGAACAACUUUACCAGUAUCCACUCUUACCCAAAAUACACAAUACUAGUACUGGACCAAGGAACGUGAACCUGUGGUCGUUAUCUUUGUGCAAUACAAAUGAGAUUUUUCAGUGAUUAAGAUUGCAUUUGAAAAGUGGUAGAUCUAUGGUAUUGCUUUUUAUUAUAGUCUGUGUGUUUGAUUACAAAUGUGAAAUAUAAACAAACAUCAUUA